AUGGUCCACAAUCUUCUUCGUCAUCUCGGGCUUUCGUUCUCGCCUACAAAGCCGCUGCGUCAAGAUACGCGGCACGUCAAUUCGAUAGCCUUCAAAAGACACUCGCUAGUAGUGUCUUCCGUCGAGGUUUCCGCUUCUUGCUGCCAACAUUCGUUUCGACCUUUAUCAUCAUGUUCCUUCGCUACUACGGUUGGAUCCCCCGGCCACGCAAAGAAUUCUCUUUACGAGCAGUUCGACCAGUGGCAGCAUGCGGUUAUCAGGAUUCUCGGAUUAAUCUGGCAGUGGGACUCGUCCAAGUACCCAGACUAUGACUCGCACCUCUGGACCAUUCCCAUCGAAAUGUCAUUUUCCAUGUUUCUCUUCGUCGUCAUCACUGGACUGAGCCACGUCAAGACAUACGUUCGCCUCGCCGCCGUCGUCGGUCUUGGCGCCUUCUGCCUACGUCACGGGCACUACGCCGGGUGGGAGUUCAUGGCUGGUGUCGUACUCGCCGAGGUCCAGCUCGUCCAGGACGCCCACAAGGAGCGCAAGGCCGCUCUCGAACCUAACAUGGAGGCGGCCUAUAUCGAGUCCAGCGUCAGCACUGCCGGCCUUUCCGACUCGAAGGCAAGCGGCUCGCGCUGCCGGAGUGUCGCCAAGCUCGUCUUCCAGGGCUUCCUUAUCGUCAACCUCAUCUUCGCCCUCUACGUCGCCGGCUGGCCGCGCGAAAAGUGGGAGGAGACGCCUGCCAUCGACUUCCUGCUGCAGCAUACACCCGAGCCCUACCGCAGCCGCGGCGAGUCAUGGCCCAUCUUCAUCUGGUACGCCAUCGGCGCCGUGCAGAUCGUCCUAGCCCUGCAGCAAAUCGAGCCCCUGCGCCGCGUCUUCAACACCAAGCCCGCCCAGUACCUCGCCGACGUCAGCUACUCGCUCUACAUCUGCCACGGGCCCGUCAUGCAGGUCGUCCACCACCGCAUGAUGCCCUACCUCUGGGAGCCUGUUGGUGGUAUCCAGGGCGCUGACAUGGGCGGCCGCUUUCUCGUCUGGUUCUUCGGGCUGAUACUGCUGGCGAUUCCCGUGUUCUGGGUGAGCGAUAUCUUCCUCCGGGUCAUCGACAACAAGUGCGUCGAGUUCGCAAGGUGGAUCGAGAAGAAGUGUGUGAUAGACGAGUAA